CAUACUAGAGGCCAUGGCUACUUGCGCGGAUCAAGAAGAUGAGACUACUGUAGACUUCAGUCAUUAUGAGAAGAUGCCUACUGACACCAGACGGUGGGUGGAUAGGAAGCUAUACGCUAUCAAGAAUAUCAAGGAGUGGGUAGCCCUGGAGAAAGUCCACGGUGCUAACCUGUCCUUCACAGCACAGCGUGUUGGCCAAGAUGUGAGAGUCAAGGUGGCUAGGAGAAAUGCCUAUCUCACUGAGGGGGAGAAUUUCUUUAGCAUGUACCAACAGAAAGGCUUUGUGGAGGGGACCAUUGAGAAAGUAAAGAAGCUGUUUGAAGAAGUGUGUAAGAUACUGGAAAGUCCCGUGCUUGCUGUCACAGUCUAUGGAGAGCUGUUCGGUGGCUACUACCCUCACCCGGAUGUGCCAGAUAUCCCCAAGCUGCAGCCAGUUCAAAGGGAGGUGGUGUAUUGUCCUGACCUCCGUUUUAUGGCCUUCGAUAUUGCAGUAAUUCAUCAGUCCUCCACACAGUCGGAGAAACAUGACAGAAUGUACCUGGACUAUGACUUGUGUAUGAGUUUGUUCAAGUCAUGUGAGCUACUCUAUGCUGAGCCUCUUGUGACUGGAACAUUACAGGACAUGUUGGAUUACCCCCUGGGUUGGGACAGCACGUUACCCGCCAAAUUGGGACUCCCUCCACUUCCUGCCAAUGUUAAGAACUCCGCGGAGGGGAUUGUCGUCAAGCCAAUGAAAAAUACGAUGGUGGAGACAAAGAGUGGCCCAAUGAGGGUCAUUUUAAAGAGGAAGAUCGAAGGAUUUCAAGAAACGCGACCUCGAAAAAAGGUAACUCAGCCAAGGGAGAAAAUUGACGAGUAUAACCAAGACUACGAACUGGUCAAGAGUGAGAUGUUUCUCAUGGUGACGCAACAGAGGCUGGUGAACACAAUCUCAAAACUGGGGCUUCCUGAUUCGACGGUUGACUUAAAACAUGAGGUACGAAACAAGUGGGACAGUAUUUUGAGGGGCCUUGCAGCUGACGUGCUGGAGGAGAUGGAAACUGUACACGAGGAUUUGUGGAACUCAUUCAAGAGAGAACAUUCUGCAAUGGUGGGUAAACUGACAUCUGAGCUCAAAAGGGAGUGUGGCCUGGCCGUGGUAGAAUACAAGGGAACACGAUGCGUAAAACAGUAAUAAGCCUAUAGCUUUUUCAUUUUUUUUAGCCCACUUUUUUUAUUACAUAUGUUGUUUGUGUUACACAACAGUUCUCAGGAUUGAAUGAACUAGCUAGUGGUGAACGAUUAGUAGUAUAAAUAAAGGAGGGAUAUGUAUAAUUAUCUACUCUUGAUGUUUAAAUACAACACAAGAAAGAG